AUUUUCAACACUCUCAUACUUGAUCAUAUCCCACCUCUAAUUACCAAUUACCAUGGCUUCCUUGUUCAAUCACCAUCCCUUCAUUUGCUCCCUCCUCAUCAUCUAUAUCAUCUCCACCACCACCACCACCACCAAUGCCGCCGCCACCUUCCGCCCCAAAGCACUACUCCUCACAGUCUCAAAGGACUCCUCCACCCUCCAAUACACAACAAAACUCAUCCAAAGAACUCCACCAGUACCAGUAACCUUAACACUCGACCUAGGUACUCCGUCCACAUGGGUUCUUUGUGGAAACCGCUACGUCUCCUCCACGUACCGUCCUGCUACUUGCGGCUCUACCCAAUGCACACUAGCAAACUCCAAAAUUUGUAGAACGUGCCCUCCUCCAGCUAGACCCGGGUGUAACAACAACACAUGUAGAAGUCUUUCUCUAAACAACCCCUUCACCAACAUCACCCCACGCAGAGGCGGCGAGCUAGCUACCGACAUAGUCCGUAUCAACUCCACUGACGGGUCUAACCCGGGCCAACUAGUAACCAUACCCAAGUACCUCUUUGUUUGUGCGCCCAAGUCCUUGUUACAAGGCCUAGCAAAAGGAGUGUCUGGGGUUGCUGGCCUAGGGAAGUCCAAACUCUCUCUCCCUUGUCAAUUUUCCUCAGCUUUCCGUAUCCCUCAAAAAUUCGCGCUAUGCUUAGCUCCCCUUAGGGAAAACGGCGUCGUCUUUAUCGGGGACGGACCUUACAAUUUCUCCCCUAAUAUAGAUGUUACAACCUUGCUUUCUUACACUCCCCUUAUCCAUAACCCGGCCCGAUCCGGGAACUACUUCAUAGGAGUACAAGGAAUCAAAGUUGGAGGAAAGGAAGUUCCGUCAAUAAACAAGUACUUGUUAUCUAUAAAUAGAAAGGGAAGUGGUGGAACCAUGAUAAGUGUUAAUCAUCCAUACACUCUUUUGGAAACUUCUAUUUAUAAGGCUGUCACUACUGCCUUCGAUCAACAACUGAGAAACUCAUCUUUCCCAGCUAGAAGAGUCAAUCCGGUCGCGCCAUUCAAGCUGUGUUACGAUCCUACAUCGCUCAGUUUCACAAGGAUUGGGCCCGUAGUACCCGAUAUUGAUCUUGUGUUACAGAGCGAGGACGUGUUCUGGAGGAUAGCAGCGACGAACUCCAUCGUGCGGGCUAGUGAUAAUGCGUAUUGUCUUGGUUUAAUGGAUGGUGGAAAGAACCCAAGGACGUCAAUCUUAAUAGGAGGGUUUCAAAUUGAGGAUAAUUUGUUGGAGUUUGAUCUAAAUAAGUCUAGGCUUGGGUUCACUUCUUCUUUGAUUUAUGAUCGGAUCAGAUGCUCAUUCUUCAACUUCACGUCUAAUGUAUUAUAAGUAAAAAAUAAAAUGUAAGAUUAGAUGACGCUUAAUUAUGUAUGCAAGUCACAUGGAAGUGUCUAGAAGUUGGCAAUUGUAUGCUAGAAUACCAAUAAAUAAAGUUAUGAAUUUUAUGAGAAA